CUUCCCCUACUCCCCUCACUCACCUCUUUCGAUUCCUCUCUCUACUUUAUUCCUGUUCUUCUCUUCUGGGGUAAGCUCCUCAGAAGUUAUGCACUAGAUUAUAAACAAAACCAACAUUGGCAUUUUGCAUACAGAAGAUAUCACUUCUGUUUUCAGAACAGAUCUAUAUAGUUGCAGAAAUUGAUUUUUGGUGUCCCUUUCAGUUUUUGUAGCAAGGGUUGGCUUUAAAUUAAUGGAGAAUACUGUGAAACUCUGUUUCAUUGCUCCUCUGUUUCUGCUACUUGGGAUUCUUCCCUUAGCAUUUGCAGGCCACGAUUAUAGCCAAGCUCUAAGCAAGAGCAUUCUCUUCUUUGAAGCUCAGAGAUCUGGUUACUUGCCAAGAAACCAAAGGGUCCAAUGGAGGGGUAAUUCUGGUCUCAAUGAUGGCAAGCCCAGCGGGGUGGAUCUAACUGGAGGGUACUAUGAUGCUGGAGACAAUGUGAAAUUUGGGCUUCCCAUGGCAUUUACAGUAACUAUGAUGUCCUGGAGCAUUAUCGAGUAUGGGGGGCAAAUGGCUGCGAGUGGUGAGCUUAGCCAUGCCAUGGAUGCCAUUAAGUGGGGCACUGACUAUCUCAUCAAAGCUCAUCCCCAACCCAAUGUCCUCUAUGGGGAGGUUGGAGAUGGUAACACAGACCACUACUGCUGGCAAAGGCCAGAGGACAUGACCACGUCAAGGGCUGCUUACAGAAUUGACCCAAGCAAUCCCGGAUCUGACCUCGCUGCUGAAACUGCGGCCGCAAUGGCCGCUGCGUCGAUCGUUUUCCGCCGUGAUAAUAGUGCAUAUUCCAAUGAGCUUCUCAACCAUGCUUAUCAGCUGUUCGAGUUUGCUGAUAAAUACAGGGGCAAAUAUGACAGCAGCAUCACAGUGGCCCAGAAGUACUACCGAUCUGUUAGUGGGUACGCGGACGAGUUGUUGUGGGCAGCAGCCUGGUUGUACAAGGCAACCAACAACCAGUUCUACUUAAAUUACCUAGGCAACAAUGGGGAUGCUCUUGGUGGGACCGGUUGGGCCAUGACUGAAUUUGGGUGGGAUGUCAAGUAUGCUGGCGUCCAGACCCUUGUGGCUAAGUUCUUAAUGCAAGGGAAAGGUGGUCGUUAUACAGGGGAAUUUCAGCAAUACCAGCAAAAAGCCGAGGCUUUCAUGUGUUCGUGCAUGGGAAAGGGCAAUCAGAAUGUUCAGAGAACUCCAGGAGGCCUCAUUUUCCGCCAGAGGUGGAACAAUAUGCAGUUUGUCACAAGUGCCUCAUUCCUUCUCACUGUCUACUCUGAUUAUCUUGCUUCUGCUGGCAAGUCUCUCAAGUGUGCUUCUGGCUACGUAUCGCCAUCUGAAAUGCUCUCAUUUGCUAAAUCUCAGGUGGACUACAUUCUUGGAGACAACCCGAGAGCCACGAGCUACAUGGUUGGAUAUGGGAACAACUAUCCUAGACAAGUUCACCACAGAGGUUCAUCCAUUGUCUCCAUCAAGGUAGACCCCUCAUUUGUGAGUUGCAGAGGGGGUUAUGCCACUUGGUUUAGCAGGAAAGCAAGUGACCCCAAUGUCCUCACCGGUGCUAUUGUUGGAGGGCCAGAUGCAUAUGACAAUUUUGCUGAUCAGAGGGAUAACUAUGAGCAAACUGAGCCUGCUACCUACAACAAUGCUCCCAUUCUCGGUGUCUUGGCUAGACUACAUGGUGGCCAAGGCGUUUAUAACCAGCUUCUUCCAGUGGCUCAGCCUAAACCAGUUCCACACCCUAAAUUAACUCCAACUCCAGCUUCAUCCUCCAAUCCAAUUACUGUUGAGCAGAGGAUGACAGAUUCAUGGCUUAACCAUGGAAGAACUUACCAUCGAUACUCUACAAUAGUGACUAACAAAUCUGACAAGACAGUGAAGAAUUUGAAGAUUUCAAUAUCUAAGCUCUACGGCCCUCUGUGGGGUCUCACAAAGUUUGGUGAUUCUUACACAUUUCCAGCAUGGACCAACUCUUUGCCCGCAGGAAAAAGCAUCGAGUUUGUGUAUAUCCAUUCUGCUUCUCCUGCAAAUGUAUUGGUGUCAUCCUACACAUUUGCUUGAGACAAGAGGAAAACGCAUUCUCAGCAGAGGUUUAUGAGUUUUAUCGAAGUUAUAUAAGAAUUGUGCACAUAUAGAAGGAGCAGCCCAGAAGGCCUACCGAAAACUUCAAUUACUUGUUGAUUUGCAAUCUCAGCAGUGUUUUAGUUGCAGUUAGGUUAAAUAAGGGCGAAGCAUGGAGGAAGAAAGGAGUGAAGAGACGAUUUAAAAGUGCUCAUCCUCUUUCUUCUCCACUUCAAUUAUGAGUUUGCAUAGAAGAAUUGAGAGACAAGUCAAAAAGAGUGAGAUUUCGAGAAGUGAAGAAAGGUUUCACAUCUCAAUAGGGUUUUUAAUGUUUUCUUCUACAGCAAAGCUUUGAGUACUUUUUCUUUUAAACUUUUUCAACUCGUUGUGUGGUGAUAUUGUAAGGUUUACAACUUUUCUUGAUCUCAACAUGAAUAUAGUUGGUGCAAAUUUGUGAUCAACAA